GGCAAAUAGCGAUCAAAGCCCUUAACGCCAACAAAAAAUCAGAUCAUAUUCCGAAUAUUCGAAUUUAGGGCUUCCUGAAACCAUCCCGAUCCCAAAAAUUUCAGUAAUUACUCAAAUUUGGUUGAAUUUCGCUCCAAAUCUUCCCCAAAUUCAUCAAGGCUUACUCCGAGUUGUUAAGGUUCACAUUAACGAGUAUCUGGGACACAAUGAAGUUUCUAGAAUACACUCCAUUAGAAAGAAUAAAUGAAUUCUUGAGUUGUUUAAAUCUUGGAGAGCGUACUAUCAAAGGCUGUCUCGAAGCUUAUUCCUGCAAACACACGGGGACGGAUAAGAAGUUGUCGCUUAGUCUAGAGAAUGAGAUCCUUGAUUAUCUUGGGAAAUCUUCAGAUACAGACUCUUCCUCGCCAGCUGAAUUUCUUUUGAGCAGAUCAAGCCGAAAGACAUUGAUCUACCUGGUUCUGACACUCUAUCAUAUGUAUCCGGAUUAUGACUUCAGUGCUAUGAAUGCUCAUCAGUUCUUCACAGAGGAAACCUGGGAUGGGUUUAAGCAGACUUUUGAUACCUAUAUGUUUGAAGCAUCCAAGGAAUGGACACAGACAAGUGAGGGUGUCUCCUUGUUGGAGACUUUGUACAAGGCUCUAGACGAGGUUGUGAAAUUGGCGGAAUGUGAAAUUUAUUGCUAUAGUCCAGACUCUGAUGGAGAUCCUUUUCUUGAGAGAGGAGCUAUAUGGUCAUUCAAUUUCUUCUUCUAUAAUAGAAAACUUAAGCGGGUUGUUAGUUUCCGUUUCUGCUGUUUAAGUAACAUGGUGUCUGAUGAAUUCCUCGUUGAUGGUCUACGCUAUGAGGAAGAUGGAGAAAUUUUUGAUGGAAUGGACAUGUAAGGCGGAUAUGCUGUUACUUGUUAGGGUGGUAUAUGUGAAUUAUGUCAAUACUCUUGACGUCCAUCUGUAGCUAUAUUAACUUUCUAGGUUCUGUACCCUCGUGACCCAAGUAGUAGUAGUAGGUUAGCCUUUUAGUUCUGGUGCGUAUAUUACUUGUUCAUAGUCGUCCUGUAGAUAGGAGUGUUGCUAUGUACAUUAAGUCAUGUAUGUCGGUAUGCACGAGACCAUGAGCCAUGAGCCUUGAGCCAAAGAUUAUGUGUAUUAAUGUAAUAUCGUUUUAUGAACUUGAGAAGAAUAUGAAUCUUUCUUUCAAACUUAAGUUCUGUUAGAAAUGGAGCUUUAUCA